AUGGCCCCAACAAGAAACAAGGAAUCACUGGAAAGAAAGAGAACAAAACUCAGGUACUCAUCAUCUUUUUAUUGUUCUACUAAAUUGAUGAUGAUAAUUAUGGUUUUAAAAUUAAAAGAUUUGUACGUAGAGCCUGCAACAAAAAUUGAAACGGGUUGCUGCCGCCCAUGCUUACCACUUGACGUUGUGCGUGACAUUCUCUCAAGACUGCCUGCAAAUUCAAUUGCAAGAUUCCGCUGCGUCUGCAGGCAAUGGCUUUCUCUGACUUCGGAUCCCCGUUUCUUGAAAUUGCAGCACGAGAGAUCUUCGAGCUGCAUGCUUAUCAGUAGGAUUGUUUACAAGGGAGAAGUAAACUUGUUUGAGUUCAGAAACGGGUAUAGGAGUUCGCAUGGAUUUAAUCUCGGGAGAGCGCAUUAUGAGCUAUCAAAUUUUGUUGAUGGUUUGAUUUGUGCUUAUUCGCGAACUGCUAGGUAUGAUACAUACAUAUUAAAUCCUAUGAUUCGGGAACUCCAGAAACUUCCAAAGAACAGUGAUCGUCAAGAAGAUGGUUUAAACGAAAGUUUUGGUCUAGGUAUCGACGUGGCCAUAAGGCGAUACAAGGUAGUUAGGUUAUGUUCUUAUCCCGGAAGUAAUCGUGUUCGCUGUGAGAUCUAUAAUGUGGGCACUACACGGUGGAAGUCUCUUGGUGAAGCUCCUUUUGGAUUCGGCGGGACUAAACCAGUUUUCCUUCAUGGAGCCCUCCACUGGAUUGUGUAUGAAUCGAGAGCUGAUUUUGGAUGGCGAAGAAAAGAAUAUGUGUUAAGAAUCGAUAUCAAAGAUGAGAAGUUUGGAUCAGCAAUAUCAAUCCCCUCUCCCACAUGCCCUAAGAUGUCGUUGGUAUGUUUGAAGGAAUCUGGAGGGAAGCUUUGGCUUGUAUUCUCGAAAUAUGAGAACCCAAAUGAUAGUUUCUUUUGAGAUAUGGAUUUUGAAAGAUUACUUGAAUAAUACAUGGGUCAGAGAGUAUAACUUUCACCGCAGCAGCCUUUCAAGAAUCCACGAGGAUUAUAGGGCUACAUAUUUUACAGAUAUUUUAGAUGGCACGCUCAAUGCUGCAGUCUGUGAAAGUGGAAAAUGGUAUGUCAUUUGUUAUAAUUCUUGUACUGGAGAUUUCCACAAGCUCUUUGUUGGACGACAGCACGGUAAAUUCUCUGUUUAUAGGGAAAGCCUUAUUUCGCCAAAGAAGCUGUUGAAGAAACCUCAAAGGCGUAUAAGGAAGGGCGGCGGAGGUGAGUAAUGCAUCUAAGGUAUCUGGAGUAUUUCAAGUGUUAUGCAGACAUAAUGGACCAGAGGACUCAAACACUGUCUAAUUCAUCCUUAUCCAGCUUGGUUGUAACUAUUUUAAGUAUCUAUGUGU